AUGGAGGAAAUGAUAAAGAAAAUGAUGGGAGAUAUUCAGAAGAUAAUGGCCAAUCAGCAGAAUUUCAAACAAAAGAUAACAGCCAAAAAUCAAACGCGUGACAUGAACAUACGUAAUCUGGAAAGAAAUGGGAGGCAACUAGAGGAAUUACCACCGAAGAAAGUGAUUCCAACAGAAGUAGAGAAAGAGGCAGUUGCAAAAGAUAAGGUUAUCGAGAUAGAACGGGUGGCAAAGAUACCGUUGGUAAAUCAGCCACAGCCAGCUGUUUCCAAACCACCACCUUCAUUCCCUCAGAGGUUGGCAAAGCAAAAGGAAGAGGCCACGUACAAAAAGUUUCUUGAUUUACUUAAGCAGCUGGAAGACAAAUCUUUGGCCAGGCCCGAGGGUAUUAUUGAAGAUGUUCUUGUGCAGGUUGGGUCUCUCAUAUUUUUGACAGAUUUUGUUAUCUUGGAUUUUGAGCCAUAUUCGGAAGUCCCAUUUAUUUGGGGGCAUCCGUCUUUUGCCACAGGAAGAGCAUUGAUUGAUGUAGCGGCAUGCCAGCUGACUAUGAGGGUACAUGAUAAAGUUGAAGUAUUUAAUGUGUACAAGGCUCUCAAGUUGCCCAAAAUUUAUGAGAAACUUUCUGCUAUAACUGUGGUAAAUGAAGACACUAAGGGACCUCUCAUUACUUGUCAUGACUCAUUGGAGAGAGCUCUAGUAGGUGAAGAUAUUUUUGGAGAUACAAAAGAAUUCGAGAUGCUGUAG